AGCAAGGAGUACAGAGCACUAGCAGACCAGUUGCAGCAAAGGAGAUUUGCCGACAUGUGGACUCCAUUGCUUCUCUGUCUCUUGGCCUUUGCUGCUACCCAUGCAGACAACCUGGCAUGGAAGCCCAACACCCAGUACGAGUACGCAGUGAGAGCUCGUACUAUGGCGGCUCUCCACCAGGUGGCACAACAGUAUGUCGGUUUGGUGUUGAAUGCCAAACUCUAUCUCCAACAGGCUUCUAACAACGUGGUCACCUUGCAGCUCCACAAUGCUCAGUAUGCUAAUGUGCACGCCAACCUCUCCCAAGGAUGGUCCACGCCAAUCCCUGAGAGUCAGCGGCACUAUCAGCCCAUUCCCAUGAGCAACAAACCUUUCCAACUCGUAUACAAGAAUGGAGUUAUCAGCCGAAUGGUGGUCAGCAAGGGCGUACCUACCUGGGAGUUGAACAUCCUCAAGAGUAUUGCCAGCCAGUUCCAAGUAGAUACUCAGGCAGAGAAUCUGCAAAAGUCCCGCAUCAACAGCUUGCCUACCCAGGAGACUGUCAAUGGAGUCUACAAGACCAUGGAGGACUCUGUGUCCGGGGAAUGUGAGACCCUCUACGACAUCUCUCCUCUCCCCAAGGUGGUGUUGCAGAACAAGCCUCAACUCGCUCCCAUGCCUCACCUGCAAGCUGAUGGACAACUCAUUGAUAUCGUGAAGACCAUGAACUUCAGCAACUGUGAUGUCCCGUCUGCUUAUCACUUCGGCAUCACUGGCCUCACCAACUGGGAGCCUGCCUCCAACCAGAUGGGCCAAUUCCUGGCUAGGUCGUCAGUCAGCCGAAUCAUCAUUGCUGGUAACCUCAAACGCUACUCUAUCCAGUCAUCUGUCACCACCAACAAGAUUAUCGCCAGUCCAUUCCUCUAUGAAAAACAGAACGGCAUGGUUGUCAGCCGCAUGAACUUGACCUUGGUCGAUGUCAAGUCUGCCAGCAGUUCUCCUCAGUCUCCUCCUAACCCUCAGGUCAUCAAGAAUUUGGUCUACGAAUAUAACCCAGCUUCCCACCAGGAAAACACUCAGAAGCAAUACAGAGAGUAUAAUGGAAAUGAAAAUUUAAGUUCCAGCUCUAGUUCCAGUAGUUCUAGCACCUCCAGUGACUCAUCCAACUCCGACUCUAGCUCUAGCUCUAGCAGUGAAAGCCAAGAACAAAACAACUACCAGCAGAAAAAUAGGUUUGCCAGGUCCGCCUCUUCAAGGCGAAAUCAGCAGUCAAACUAUAAUCAGGAUACCAGUAGUUUCUCAUCAUCUUCUUCCUCAUCCUCUUCGUCCAGCUCCAGUGAUAGUGACAGUAGCAGCAGUUCCAGUUUCUCCUGGGAUAGUAGUGAGGAGGAAAACUGGCAGCCAAAACCCACACUUAGCCAAGCUCCUAACUUCCCUUUCUUGCCCAUGUUCAUUGCUAACCAAGGAAACUCAAUCCAGUCUGCACAAGAGAUCCAAGGAGUAUCAGUUGUGAAGAAGAUCGCCCAACAGAUCGGUUAUGAGAUGCAAUCACCUAGUGCAAUCCCUGGUCAGAAAACUCUUGGGAUGUUCACUAUAUUGACUUCGGUGCUUAGAACCAUGAAUUCCAAACAGAUGGAAGAGGCAACUAGAGAACUCUACUUUCCUCUGUCUCGAGCUUCCAGCACUAGCUCCAGUGAUGCUGUAAAAUAUCAGGCGUGGGUUGCUUACCGCGACGCCAUCGCCCAGACAGGCACUGGCCCUGCUCUCCUCACAAUGAAAGAGUGGAUUCAAUCUAAGAAGGUUCAAGGUGAAGAAGCAGCCCAAAUACUUGCAGCACUGCCUUACUCCGCUCGCUUCCCCAACGUUGAAUACAUGAACACAUUCUUUGCUCUGGCAACAAGCUCUGAAGUGCAGCAUCAACACUUCCUCAACACCAGUGCAGUUCUCUCUUUCACCGUACUUGCCCGCAAAGCUUUCGUCAGCAACUCUACUGCGCACAAUAGAUACCCAGUCCACGCUUUUGGAGCCCUCAAGGAUAAGAAUCAGCAGCCCGUAGUCCAGCAGUACAUUCCCUACUUUGCCGGAGCUCUCAAGCAGGCGGUUCAACAAGAAGAUAGCAUUAAAAUCCGCACCAUGACUUUGGCUCUCGGAAAUUUGGCUCACCCAAAAAUCCUGGAUGUCUUCGAGCCCUACCUCGAAGGCCAGAAACCCAUGACUCAAUUCCAGCGCCUGACUGUGGUUGCUUCACUGCGCAAGCUGGCCCAGCUCUACCCCAAGGUUGCUCGUCCUGUUCUCUUCAGUAUCUAUCAGAAUACUGGAGAAGCCACUGAGGUUCGAGUGGCAGCAUUCUAUGCUCUCAUGAAGACCAAUCCUCCAGCACAACUGCUCCAACGUAGCGCUCAGUUCACCAAUUUCGAUCAAAAUCCUCAAGUCAUUUCUGCAGUCCAGUCAGCAAUUAAGACUGCAGCAUACAAUCAAAAACUACCCUCUGAGCUAUCAAAGAACGCCCAAGCUGCUGUCAACCUUCUGAAUCCCAAGGUAAUGCCUGCCCAAUACUCCAGGAAGAACAUUCGUUCGUACUACAAUCAACAACUCAACCUUGGUUACAAACAGGCUUUCAGUUACAUCGGCAGUGAUGAUGGCUUCCUUCCCAGCAACAUCUUCUAUUCUUUGCGUAAACAGAUGGGAGGUUUCAAUCACAAGGCAGUCGGGUUUGCAGCCAUGUCCUCCAGUCUGGAUGUUUUGACAGACCUCCUCGAGGAACAGUUUUCUGAUGCUCCUUCUUCCUCCAGCCAUAGAAGUCAGAAGCAACCACAACAGCAGGGUCCUUGGAGCUUUGAGAAGAUCAACAACAUGCUCCACAUUCAGCCUAGCGAGCAGGAACAAGUCGAAGCCAGUCUUCUCGUUUCAUAUAUGGGCGGAAAGCGAUUCUUUGCCAUAGAUAACCACACGGUCGAACUGCUUCCUCAACUAUUCAAGGAAGCUGCAGCUUCUCUUCGCUCUGGAAGAAGUUUCAACUAUACUAAGAUGGCCAACACAUUCGCUCUUAAUGUUGCCUUCCCCACUGCCAUGGGUCUGCCUUUCACCUUCUCUCUACAGAUCCCAACUCUGCUUUACAUCGGUGGCCAGGCUCAGGCUAAGAGUCACCCUGAUCUCGCCAAUGGAAACAACCACGAAAUCCAAGUUCCACAGACCGUCAACGCUUCUGUUGACUUGCAAUUUGUAUACUCUCUACGCGCGCAAUCCUCAAUGGGUUUUGUGGCUCCCUUCAACCGCCAACAUUACAUGACUGGAGUCAACAAGAACUUCCAGGUCAACUUGCCCAUCCGAGCUCAGGUCGAUUUAGAUAUUGUCAACAACAAGGUGGCUGCUAAGGUGCAACCCCUAGACCAGCACAACAAGCAGAACCUGUUUGAGUACAGCACUGAGCCUUAUACUUGCCGACACAAUGUCCUUCAGAUGGCUCAGAAUCCUCAAGAACAAAUACAUCAGAGAUACAACCAAAACAGGAAGACUGUCCAUGUCAGAUAUCCCAACCAGAUUCACAAGACUCUCGGCCAAGACAGCACUGGAUUCGCUUUUGACUUUAACUACCAAAGUGAGCAGAAGUUCAUUGACUUCGCUGCCCUCUACAAUGAAGCCCACAAGCGCAACGAUCCCAUUGCAGCCGUCAUCUACGCUUGGGCCGAGGACUCCAUCAACUUUAACAACAUCACUCUGACUUACAGUCCUCAGAAGAGUUCUGCCAAAUACGCUCGCUUCACUGCUGCCUAUCUUGACAACUCAGAGAGUGAGAACAACCCCAGCAGCUAUGGCAGUCAAGGCAAUAACUACCACAACAGUGAGCGCAGUGAUAGCCAGCAAGCCUCUCCCAGUGACCAUGUCUCCGUCAGUAUGGCUCAGCCUUCCUCCUCUUCUCCUGACUCCCAGAGCAGACAACAACAGUUCCUGCAGAAGGCUGGACAGGGCAUCCAAGAUAGUAACACAAUGGUGGUUGACGUUUCCGCUGAGUUCCUAGGCCAGACUAAGGCUCAGUAUGUUGCCACUCUUGCUGUUGCCACUAGCUACGUCUCUCCCAAGGCUAGGCUGCUCUUCUUUGCUGAAAGAAAUCCUGCACAAUCUGACAGGCCACAGCAGAUGUAUGCUGCUGCCGAGUCUUCCAUGCCAAAUGUUCCCCACAUGAACUACAUGAAGGCUCUUAAUGCUGAUCCUACAUCCUACCUGAACGCUGCAGUUGCUUUCGGCGAAAAGAAUGCUCAGCCUGCCACAAUCCAACUGAAGGGCAAGAUGCAGCAAAGCCAAUCACGCCGAUAUUACUUGGACAACUACCCUCUGACUCAAGUGUGCAAGCAUCAGAUGCAGCAAGGCAACUCCGUGCUGUACGCUUGUCGCAAUGUCACCCUGCAGGCCAACCUACUGGAUCAGUACAAAUUCACUGUCCAAUUUGAAAAGAUUCCUAACUUCUGGAAGAAUGUCACCUACAAGGCAUAUGCUGCCAUGCGUUAUGCUGCCUAUCAAUAUGUCAGUGAAGAUUUCAUCAGUGCCAGCAACCCUGCCAACCAGAUUGAGUUCAAUGCCAAAUUUGCCCCCGACCUCAGAUCUCUCAACUUGACUAUGGCUACUCCUCUGUUUACUGCCAAGUUUAAGAAUUUGCGACUCAACAAAAACAUCAAACCCUGGAUUGUGAUGCACCCUGAGUACACUCCUCUUGAACUCGCAGCUAAGCACUUCUUCAAAGGACAUCAGUUCCCUUCAUGUGUGGUUGAUAACACAUUGGCUCAGACAUUUGACAAUUCCACUUACCCCAUCAAACUGGGCAAGUGUUGGCACGCGAUGUUCCAUUAUGUACCUAAGGAAGACCCCACCAGCAGCGAAUCCUCCAGUGAGGACGAUGAAGACCAACUCUCAGUCCUCGUCAGAGAUGCAUCUUCAUCAACCGAGAAGGAAGCAAUGAUUGUGCUGGGUAACUACAACAUCCAAAUGCAGCCCACUGCCGGCGAUAGUCCUGCCAAGGUUGUUGUCAAUGGUCAGCAGACUCCAGUCUCCAAGAACCACAUGACUGAACUCUACGACGAGAAUGGCAAUACUCUUGCUCAGAUGUAUGCCCUGCCCGAUGGUGAGGUGCGCUUUUACGCUCCUCAACAAGACACGGAAAUCCAGUUCGAUGGCACUGCAGUCAAAAUAAAUGCUCAGAACAGUUACCGUUCAGAAGUCCUUGGACUCUGUGGAACUUUCAACACCCAACCGGUUGAUGACUUCACCACUCCCCAAGGAUACAUUCUCCAGAACCCCUACGAGUUCGCCGCCACCUACGCACUGGAAGACAGCUCCUGCCAGGGACCUGCCAAGGAAUACAAGGCCAGAGCCCAGCAGAAGAUCGCCGGCGGCCAUUACACUCGUAAUGUUGUCAUCUAUGGAAAUGUUGUAGCUGACCAACAAGCCUACUCUCGCCCCAGAUCCAGUGUUUACAGGUCUUCCGGCAACAACCAACACAGCAAUAAGCCUACUACUCCUUACUCCCAGAAACGUAUCUAUGUGAUUGAGAAGGGAGGCAAGAUAUGCUUCAGUGCCUAUCCUCUGCUGCAAUGCUUAGGUUCAAGCUCACCUCAAGGAUAUGUUGAGAAACAGGUGGAGUUUGUAUGUCUGCAGCCUAGCCCAGUCACCGAGCACUGGCAGGAGUUGAUCAGUAGAGGAGUCAAUCCUGACUUCAGCCAAAAGAAGCCUUUCCAGACCUUCACUAUUCAAGUGCCUCAGAGCUGCCAGUCCUGGCUCGCAGCAGCUACCACCAACCACCAAAAUCCUAAGGACAGCUUUAUGAGAUCACCAAGACCAGCAGGAGAGCUACUGCACAUCAUGUGGGCUCCGUUGCUUCUUUGUCUCUUGGCAUUUACUGCCACAAGCGCUGAAAACUCUCAAUGGAAACCCAACACCCAGUACCAGUACGCAGUGAGAGCUCGCUCUCUGGCGGCUCUCCACCAGGUGGCGUCACAGUACAGUGGUAUAGUGAUUCAUGCCAAGCUUAAUGUCCAACAGACUUCCGAAAACAUGGCCACCUUGCAGCUCCACAAUGUCCAGUAUGCUAAUGUGCAUGCCAACCUCUCUCAGGGAUGGUCCACCCCUAUCCCUGAAAGUCAGCUGCACUUCCAGCCCAUUCCUACUAGCAACAAACCAUUCCAGCUCAAAUACAAUAAUGGAAUUAUCAGCAGCAUGGUGGUCAGCAAGGGCGUCCCUACCUGGGAGUUGAACAUCCUCAAGAGUAUUGCCAGCCAGUUCCAAGUAGAUACUCAGGCAGAGAAUCUGCAAAAGUCCCGCAUCAACAGCUUGCCUACCCAGGAGACUGUCAACGGAGUCUACAAGACCAUGGAGGACUCUGUGUCCGGAGAAUGUGAGACCCUCUACGACAUCUCUCCUCUCCCCAAGGUGGUGUUGCAGAACAAGCCUCAACUCGCUCCCAUGCCUCACCUGCAAGCUGGCGGACAACUCAUUGAUAUCGUGAAGACCAUGAACUUCAGCAACUGUGAUGUCCCGUCUGCUUAUCACUUCGGCAUCACUGGCCUCACCAACUGGGAGCCUGCCUCCAACCAGAUGGGCCAGUUCUUGGCUAGGUCAUCAGUCAGCCGAAUCAUCAUCGCUGGCAACCUCAAAAGAUACACCGUCCAGUCAUCUGUCACCACCAACAAGAUCAUCGUCAGCCCGUUUCUCUAUGAGAAACAGAAUGGCAUGGUUGUCAGCCGCAUGAACUUGACCUUGGUCGAUGUCAAGUCUGCCAGCAGUUCUCCUCAGUCUCCUCCUAAUCCUCAGGUCAUCAAGAAUUUGGUCUACGAGUACAACCCAGCUUCUCAUGAUGCCAACGCACAGAGGCAAUACAGAGUGUACAAUGCAGAUGAAAAUUCAAGUUCCAGCCCUAGUUCCAGUAGUUCCCCCAGUUCUAGUGAAUCAUCUAGCCCUAGCAGCAGUGAGAGUCAAGAGCGAAGUUAUUAUCAAAGUAGAAAAGUCAGGUCAGUGAGUGGCUCACCUUACCAAAAUCAGUACGGACACGGAAGCCAACAUAGUCAGGGCCAACAUCAUAACUGGAAUCAAGAGCGGAGUGACAAGAACCGUCAGGGGUAUCAAGUUGAUAGGUAUCAUCCAUCAUCAGAAUCAUCGUCUUCAAGUAGCUCUGAGUAUAGAUAUCUGCAUGCCCACAAUGGAAAAAUGCAAGCCGCAUAUCCCUAUAGCAGUUCAUCUUCAUCCUCUUCUUCUUCCUCUAGCUCCAGUGACAGUGACAGCAGCAGCAGUUCGAGUUUUUCCUGGGAAAGCAGCGAGGAAGAGAACUGGCAACCAAAGCCUUCGCUCAGCCAGGCUCCAAACAUCCCUUUCUUGCCCAUGUUCAUUGCUAACGAAGGAAACUCUAUUCAAUCUGCUAAAGAAAUACAGGGGGUUUCUAUCGUGAGGAAAAUCGCUCAACAGAUUGGAUAUGAAAUGCAAUCACCUAGUGCUAUUCCUGGUCAAAAAACUCUGAACAAGUUUACAGUACUGACCUCAGUGCUUAGAACUAUGAACGCCAAAGAAAUGGAAGAAGCAACCAAAGAGCUAUACUUUCCCCUCUCCCGAGCUUCUAGUUCCAGUUCCAGUGAUGCUCAGAAGUACCAAGCUUGGGUUGCUUUCCGCGAUGCUGUCGCACAAGCUGGUACUGGCCCUGCUCUGCUUACAAUCAAAGAAUGGAUCCAAUCCAAGAAGGUUCAAGGUGAAAAGGCUGCUCAACUUCUUUCAGUUCUGCCUAACUCGGCUCGCUUCCCCAAUAUUGAAUACAUGAACACAUUCUUUAGUUUGGCCACUAGCCCUGAAGUCCAAAACCAAUACUUCCUCAACACCAGUGCAGUUCUCUCUUUCACCGCACUUGCCCGCAAAGCUUUCGUCAGCAACUCUACUGCGCACAAUAGAUACCCAGUCCACGCUUUUGGAGCCCUCAAGGAUAAGAAUCAGCAGCCCGUAGUCCAGCAGUACAUUCCCUACUUUGCCGGAGCUCUCAAGCAGGCGGUUCAACAAGAAGAUAGCAUUAAAAUCCGCACCAUGACUUUGGCUCUCGGAAAUUUGGCUCACCCAAAAAUCCUGGAUGUCUUCGAGCCCUACCUCGAAGGCCAGAAACCCAUGACUCAAUUCCAGCGCCUGACUGUAGUUGCUUCACUGCGCAAGCUGGCCCAGCUCUACCCCAAGGUUGCUCGUCCUGUUCUCUUCAGUAUCUAUCAGAAUACUGGAGAAGCCACUGAGGUUCGAGUGGCAGCAUUCUAUGCUCUCAUGAAGACCAACCCUCCAGCACAACUGCUCCAACGUAUCGCUCAGUUCACCAAUGAUGAUCAAAAUCCUCAAGUUAUAUCCGCUGUGCAAUCGGCCAUUAAGACUGCCGCCUACAAUCAAAAACUACCCUCUGAGCUAUCAAAGAACGCCCAAGCAGCCGUGAACCUCCUGAAUCCCAAGACAAUGCCUGCCCAAUACUCCAGGAAGAACAUUCGUUCGUACUACAAUCAACAACUCAACCUAGGCUACAAACAGGCCUUCAGUUACAUCGGCAGUGAUGAUGGCUUCCUUCCCAGCAACAUUUUCUACUCUCUUCGCAAAAAGACGGGAGGUUUCAAUCACAAGGCAGUCGGGUUUGCAGCCAUGUCCUCCAGUCUGGAUGCUUUGGCAGACCUCCUCGAGGACCAGUUUUCUGAUCCUCCUUCUUCCUCCAGCCACAGAAGUCAGAAGCAACCACAACAGCAGGGUCCUUGGAGCUUUGAGAAGAUCAACAACAUGCUCCACAUUCAGCCUAGCGAGCAGGAACAGGUCGAAGCCAGUCUUCUCGUCUCAUUUCUGGGCGGAAAGCGAUUCUUUGCCAUCGAUAACCACACGGUCGAAUUGCUGCCUCAACUUUUCAAGGAAGCUGCAGCUUCUCUUCGUUCUGGACGAAGCUUCAACUAUACCAAGAUGGUCAACACCCAUGUCAUAAAUGUUGCCUUCCCCACUGCCACGGGUCUGCCCUUCGUCUACGCUUUCCAGAAACCAACCCUGCUAUACAUCGGCGGACAGGCUCAGGCCAAGAGUCAUCCUGACUUUGCCAGUGGAAACAAUCACGAGAUCCAACGUCCACAGACCGCCAACGCUUCUGUUGAAUUGCAGUUUGUAUACUCAUCCCUUGCUCAGUCCUCAAUGGGUUUUGUAACUCCUUUCAACCACAAACACUACUCAGCUGGAGUCAACAAGAACUUCCAGGUCAACUUGCCCAUCCGUGCUGAGGUCGAUUUGGACUUUGCCAACAAUAAGGUGGCUGCUAAGGUGCAACCCCUAGACCAGCACAACAAGCAGAACCUGUUUGAGUACAGCACUGUGCCUUACACUAGCCAACACAGUGUCAUGCAAAUGGCUCAGAAUCCUCAAGAACAAAUUCAUCAGAGAUACAACCAAAACAGGAAGAAUGUCCAUGUCAGAUAUCCCAACCAGAUUCACAAGACUCUCGGCCAAGACAGCACUGGAUUCGCUUUUGACUUUAACUACCAAAGUGAGCAGAAGUUCAUUGACUUCGCUGCCCUCUACAAUGAAGCCCACAAGCGCAAUGAUCCCAUUGCAGCCGUCAUCUACGCUUGGGCCGAGGACUCCAUCAACUUUAACAACAUCACUCUGACUUACAGUCCUCAGAAGAGUUCUGCCAAAUACGCUCGCUUCACUGCUGCCUAUCUUGACAACUCAGAGAGCGAGAACAACCCCAGCAGCUAUGGCAGUCAAGGCAAUAACUACCACAACAGUGAGCGCAGUGAUAGCCAGCAAGCCUCUCCCAGUGACCAUGUCUCCGUCAGUAUGGCUCAGCCUUCCUCCUCUUCUCCUGACUCCCAGAGCAGACAACAACAGUUCCUGCAGAAGGCUGGACAGGGCAUCCAAGAUAGUGACUCAAUGGUGUUUGACGUGUCCGCUGAGUUCCUAGGCCAGACUAAGGCUCAGUAUGUUGCCACUCUUGCUGUUGCCACUAGUGACGUCUCUCCCAAGGCCAGGCUACUCUUCUUUGCUGAAAGAAACCCUGCACAGUCUGACAGGCCACAACAGGCAUAUGCUGUUGCCGAGUCUUUCAUGCCCAACGUUCCUCACAUGAACUACAUGAAGGCAUUUAAUGCUGAUCCUACUUCCUACUACAGUGCUGCAGUUGCUUUUGGCGAAAAGAAUGCUCAGCCUGCCAGGAUCCAAAUCAAGGGCAAGAUGCAGCAAAGCCAAGCUCGUCGUCAUUACUUGGACAACUACCCUCUGGCUCAAAAAUGCAAGCAGCAGAUGCAGCAAGGCAACUCUGUGCAAUACGCUUGUCGCAAUGUCACCCUGCAGGCCAACCUUCUCGACCAAUACAGAUUCUCUGUCAACUUUGAGAAGAUCCCUGCCUUCUGGAAGAAUGUUACCUACAAAGCAUAUGCCGCUAUGCGUUUUGCUGCCUACCAGUAUGUCAGUGAAGAUUUCAUCAGUCCUAACAACCCUCCCAACCAGAUUGAGUUCAAUGCAAACUUUGCCCCUGACCUCAGAUCUGUCAACUUGACUAUGGCUGCUCCUCUGUUCACUGCCCAGUUUAAGAAUUUGCGACUCAACAGAAACAUCAGACCCUGGGUCGUGAUGCACCCUGACUACACUCCUCUUCAGCUCGCGGAUAAGCACUUCUUCAAAGGACAAGCAUUCCCCUCAUGUGUGGUUGACAACAGCUUGGCCCAGACAUUCGACAACAAAACUUACCCAAUAAACCUGGGUAAGUGUUGGUAUACGAUGUUCCACUACACCCCCAAAGAAGACCCCACCAGCAGUGAGUCCUCUAGCGAAGACGACCAAGAUAAUGUUUCCGUCCUUGUACGAGAUGCCUCCUCACCAGUUGAAAAGGAAGUAAUGAUUGUCCUGGGUGAGUACAACAUCAACAUGCAACCCACCUCUGGUGACAGUCCUGCCAAGGUUGUUGUCAAUGGUCAGCAGGCAUCCGUUUCUAAGAGCCAGUUGUCGCAACUGUACGACCAGAGUGGUGAUCUUUUUGCCCAGUGGUAUGCUCUGUCUAAUGGUGAAGUUCACUUAUACGCUCCUCAACAAGAUAUUAUGGUCCAAUAUGAUGGAACUGCCGUCAAAGUAAAGGCUCAAAACAGUUACCGUUCCGAAACCCGUGGACUCUGUGGAACUUUCAACACCCAACCGGUCGAUGACUUCACCACUCCCCAAGGAUACAUUCUCCAGAACCCCUACGAGUUCGCCGCCACCUACGCACUGGAAGACAGCUCCUGCCAGGGACCUGCCAAGGAAUACAAGGCCAGAGCCCAGCAGAAGAUCGCCGGCGGCCAUUACACUCGUAAUGUUGUCAUCUAUGGAAAUGUUGUAGCUGACCAACAAGCCUACUCUCGCCCCAGAUCCAGUGCUUACAGGUCUUCCCACAACAACCAACAGAGCAAUAAGCCUACUACUCCUUACUCCCAGAAACGUAUCUAUGUGAUUGAGAAAGGAGGCAAGACAUGCUUCAGUGUCUACCCUCUGCUGCAAUGCUUAGGUUCAGGCUCACCUCAAGGAUAUGUUGAGAAACAGGUGGAGUUUGUUUGUCUGCAGCCUAGCACAGUCACCCAGCACUGGCAGGAGAUGAUCAGUGGAGGAGUCAACCCUGACUUCAGCCAAAAGAAGCCUUUCCAGACCUUCACUAUUCAAGUACCUAAGAGCUGCCAGCCCUGAAACUUUUUCAUGUUUAUUGUUCAGUAAUCACACGUACUGAAUAAAACGUGAUCAGACGAAAA